AUGAACGACAGACAACUUAUAAUUCUCUUAGUUUGUAUCAAAAUCAUUCUUCUCGGCUUUACUUCGAUUGGAUCAAUUCUCUAUUCGUUACCAUUCAUUUUCAUUCGACGUUUUCAUACUCCACUUCAUUUUCUCAGUCUGAAUGUGAGCAUCACUAUCUUCGUCUGUGCUUCGUUCUGGGCGAUCUAUUACUUUAUGAGUACAUUCUAUGCGGAUAUUCUAUGGACAGAGAAAUCAUGUCUAGUCAUACUCUAUCUGCAAACAAUGGUCGUUUGUCAAUUCAUUUAUGCUCUCUGUAUCGUUUCGCUGAAUCGCCUUUGUGCUAUUCGGUAUCACAGAAGUGUUGUAUUUCGAAAAAAGAAAUGGGCAAUUAUGUGUAUCGUUGUUCAAUGGUUAUUUGCAGCAAUCAUACCGCUACCUCAAUUUGGCUCGAGUCUUGAACAUUGCUUCAUAUCCGGUCUUGAACUUAACUAUCAAAUCUAUGUUCUGUUCAUCGUUGGAGUUCUACCAGGAAUAUUCUUAGCAAUAUCUAAUAGUCUUAUUUUCUAUUCUGUUCAUCGUUCAACACGACGUAUUCGAGCUGAAAAUCAAAGAGGAGAUGCAGUAGGACUGGUGUCUAGUCAGCGAGAUACUCGAUUAUUGAAACAUAUGCUUUUUAUGUAUGUGAUCUUCUUUUGUGGUUGGAUUCCAAUCUAUAUCAUUGGUGUUAUUAACUGGGAUGGAGAUGGUAUUUCGUAUACUGUUUUUCAUGCACUUCUCAUCUUACCUGCGUUAAGUCUUGUUGUUGAUCUCAUUGAUUUAUUCUUAUAUAAUCAUGAAUUACGUACCUAUCUCUUCAAGAAAACACGUAAUCAAACAAAUUAA